AUGCUGACAUUGAAGGAAAGAAAGGAAAAGUUUGUUUCCGACCUCUUAGGAGGUUCAGAAUAUGAAAUAUACCUUGUAACUGGUGUCGCACUAACCGCAUACAUGUCAUUUGCAUUGUUGCAAAAAUUCAAUCAAAAUGAUUUGAAUUUGCCCAUAGAUUACGCAUUGAAUGCAGUUUCUAUCCUUCUUGGUAUUACCUUGUAUAGUAGUAACCCCAAAUACCUCCAUGUUAUAAUCGCAGUGCCUGCUUUAUUGGCAUUGGUUCUUUCGUAUCAGUACCAAAAAGACCCUAAGGUUAAUCAAAACAAGAAAAAUAAUAAGGAUGUAAAUAUCCUUCAACGGAAAUCGUUUGUGACUGCUUAUAGAUCUCAUAUGAUCAUCAUAACUAACUUUGCCAUCCUUGCAGUGGAUUUCCCUGUGUUCCCCAGAAGGUUUGCCAAAGUUGAAACGUGGGGUACAUCAUUAAUGGAUAUUGGGGUUGGUGCCUUCGUUUUCUCAAUGGGGUUGGUAAACUCAAGACUGCUUAUUAGACAGACUUUUGACCCUUCAAACUCAAAAUACAAAUUCCAUUUUGGUACUUAUCUUUCAUUAGUAUGGAGAAAUUUUGUUAAAUCCUUACCAGUUUUAACUCUUGGUCUCAUUAGACUUGUUAGUGUAAAGUCAUUGGAAUAUCAAGAACAUGUUACCGAAUAUGGUAUUCAUUGGAAUUUUUUCUUCACCUUAGGGGCUCUUCCUAUCGUCAUUGGAAUUUUAGACCCUAUCCUUAAUUAUUUCCCUCGUGCAUUGGUUGCGCUUGUCAUUACUUCUACAUAUGAACUUUUCUUAACAAAAACUGAUUUAUUAACAUUUAUCUUAAGAACUGAUAAUAGAAUGGAUUCAUUGAUUCUGCAAAAUAAAGAGGGUAUCUUUUCAUUCUUUGGAUAUUUAAGUAUCUUUAUCUUUGGUCAAUCAUUUGGAUCAUUUGUAUUAACUAGUUUUAAGACUCCCCAAAAUUUAAUUAAAAUGUCAACAUACGCUGAAUUUGUUCAAUCGAAAAAGAGAAAAAAUUCUAUUUCAUCUUGGUUAACCGUUUCUACUACUGAAGGGCUCAUUAUAUCAACUAUCUUCUAUCAGUUUUUAUACAGAUAUGUGGCAGAAUCUCCAUCUUUCAAUAACGUUUCAAGAAGAAUGGCAAAUAUUUCAUAUGUUCUUUGGGUUGUUUCUCAUAGUUCUACAUUUCUCUUAGGCUAUAAUUUGGUUGAUAGGUUGGUUCGUCGUGAGAAUGGAGAAACUGGAUCCACGCUACUUGAAUCUACAAACAAUAACGGGUUAUUAUGUUUCUUAUUAGGAAACUUACUCACUGGUCUAGUAAACAUGACAAUCAACACCUUAGAUACUGGAGAUGCGGUUGCAUUUGGUAUAUUAUGUACAUAUGGGGCUAUCUUGGCAACAGUGGCUAUUCUUUUGAAUAAGAAUAAGAUUUAUAUUAAGAUUUAA